AUGCAAAAAUCCUGCAAAGAAAAUGAAGGAAAGCCCAAGUGCAAAGUGCCAAAGAGACAGGAAGAGCGCUAUGGAGAGUUCCAACGCCAGCAAACAGGAGGAAAUUUUAGGCAAAGGCUGCUUCAGUCUCUCGAGGAAUUUAAAGAGGACAUAGACUAGCAUUUUAAGGAUGAAGAAAUGACAAGAGAGGGAGAUGAGAUGGAAAGGCAUUUGGAAGAGAUAAGGGGUCUGAGAAAGAAAUUUAGGGCUCUGCUUUCUAACCGUAGGCAUUCUCAGGACCAUCCAUAUCCCAUUUAA